AUGGCAGACGAACUCGAAGUCAAAGAUGAACACACGGAGCCUCAAACAGAAGGCGGUGACGAGGAUGAGAUCACCGCGAUGAAGAAACGUGUGGCCGAGAUGGAAUCGGAAGCAGCAAAACUACGAGAGAUGCAAAGCCACCUCGAAUCACAAUCCGAAGCCGUGCCCCGAGAGGACCGAGAAGAUGUGGACGCACGCAGUAUAUUUGUGGGCAACGUCGACUACGCCGCUACGCCCGAAGAAAUCCAAGCGCAUUUUGCCAAUGGAGCGGGCUCGAUCAACCGAGUGACAAUACUGUUGGACAAGUUUACUGGUCAUCCGAAGGGGUAUGCAUAUGUGGAAUUUUCAGAGCCGGGCUUGGUGGCACAAGCACUGGUUUUGAAUGAGAGUCUCUUCCAUGGUCGCAAUUUGAAGGUCGUACCAAAGCGCACCAACCUGCCCGGCAUGACCAGAGGUGGCCGAGGAAGAGGCGGUGGUGGUGCACCACGAGGCGGUCGUGGAGGAUUCGGUGGCCGCGGUGGUUUUGGUGGCUAUGGAGGUGGCUAUGGUAGUCCUCGAGGAGGCCCCCGAGGAGGUGGGUUCCGCGGUAGAGGUCGUGGAUAUGCACCCUACUAA